AGCCUUGUGCUUCUUUGUUUGAGUUCAUACCUUAUUUUUCUAAUAGAUUUAGUAGAAGCACACGAAAUUUAAUUAAUGACUCAUAUGGUGAAGCUUCAUUAGUCUUAAAUUAAAAUGGCUGUUACUUCUUGUGCAUAUGAAUUUCAACGUAAACAUAUUGGAUUUGCCGAUGCAAAACCCACUGACUUCUACUCAGCACAGUGGUUUCGUUUCAAGUCUGUCUACGUCGCGUAUCGAGCAUGUAUUUUCGUUUACUGUUUACUAUGGUCGAUCAUGAAUGCUAUGCAUCUUAUAAAAUACGACACUAAGUAUUAUGCAUAUCUAUCAAAUUGGGGAGAAUGGACUCUCGUAGCUCACUUCUUUCUUCAUCUUGUCGUUUCAAUAUAUGGAUUAACGAGAGAUGCUUAUUUUGGAAGAUCUGAACCAGAUUGUUGUAUGGGGAACAAAUGCAAUAAAGACGAACUACGAUGGUUUCACCAUUUAACAUGGGUGACGGGUUCAGCCUCAACAGGAGCACAGUAUAUCAUCACAAUUCUGUAUUGGAGUUUCCUUACAGAUAACAAAGUGACUAGUAACGCUGUCAAUAUUCACCAGCACGUUAUGAAUUCAGUUCUGGUCACUAUAGACCUGUUUAUUUCUCGUGUUCCGGUUCGGUUUUUGCAUUUCGUUUACGUCUCUCUAUACGGCAUCACGUACGUAUUGAUUACGUUGAUACUGCACGGAGCAAAUGAUAAAUCGGAAUUUUACGCUGGUAUUUUAGACUGGAAAUCAGAACCAGGAGUUUCAACUGGUGUUGUAUUUGCAGUUAUUUUAGUAGGCGCACCUGCUGUACACGCGGUGUCUUUUGGUUUCUACCACUUGAGGGCAUUCAUAGCUAUAAAGUCGUCGUGUAUGCAGCCUACUGUUGGGGAAAACGGCAAUGAAGGUGGAGAUGGAGAAAAUAACGUUGGACUUGAAGUAAUGGUUUCUGCAAAUGGAAGUGCCAGGGUGUAAAAUCACAAAACGAAUAUGAUAUUCUUCAAAUUUCUCUUUUGUUUAUGCAUAUUUGCAUUUUUGGUUACAACUUUACAUGACAAGCCGCGUGUGUUGGAAUUGAAAGACAUGUUACAGUUCAUUUCCAGUGUAGUUCUUAUUGCUACGUCAGUUUGUACACAAUAUUAAUCACAGGGAAGUAAAGUAAAAAAGCACAAUGACCGAGGAUCUGUGUUCAACAGUAUUAAACUUUACAUAAAUCACAGAAACUAUGAUUUUGCGACGCCAGUCCUACUAGUUAUGUGUUUUGGAGCAAUCGUAUAUAUUAUAUUUGUACUGCAUUAUUUAAAAUAAAUAUAAAUUCCAAUUUUGCUUUAUUUUUUUUUUAUGUUUUAACGAAGAUAAACCGAGUCAAAGUGACAAUUACAAUGUGACAUGCCGCGCAUACAUUUAAUAAAUUCGAGUACCAGAAAUCGCCUAAUUGCUGCAUAUGUAAGCUCUAAACUAAGUUAUUUAUAAGGUCCUCUUUAAAAUGACGUUCGUUAUAAGACU